AUGUACACCUCGCCGCUCGCGCUCCUGCAGGUGUUCUUCCUGCUGAACCCCGAGGGCGCGCGUCCUCAGCCUUCUUCCUCCCCGUCAGGGCCAGCGCCCACCCCCUCGGAGCCGGGGUCGCAGGGCGGGACCCUUCAGACCUCUUCGGAGGGGACUGACACCCCGCGGGCCGUGCCUGGGACCUCUUCGGUGUUCCCUACUCUAGGGACCCCUUCAGCGCCUGAAAAUGGGGCCGUGGACCUCCUCCCAGUCUUACCGAUCUGCGUCUGUGACCUGACUCCUGGCACCUGCGAUAUCAAUUGCUGCUGCGACAGAGACUGCUCUCUUCUCCAGCCGAGAUCAGUUUUCUCCUUCUGCCUCCCGGGAAGCGUGAGGUCUUCGAGUUGGGUUUGUGUGGACAACUCCCUUAUCUUCAGAAGUAAUUCCCCAUUUCCUUCGAGAGUUGUCAUGGAUCCAAAUGGAAUUAAGCAGUUUUGUGUCCAUGUGAACAACUCAAAAUUAAACUAUUUCCAGAAGCCCCAAACAGUCAAUGCAUCCAACUUCCAGACCCCAGCUACAGAGUUUGGAGGCCAACCAUUCGAUUCAAUAUUACAAACGCAGUCGCCACCAUCUUUUUACAGGGCCGGGGACCCCAUUUUGACUUACUUCUCCAAGUGGUCUGCGCUGAGCUGGCUGAGGCAGCCUGCGGGAGUUGGAGCUGGGGGACUCUGUGUCGAGAGCAAUCCUGCCGGUUUCUUGGAGAGUAAAAGUACAACCUGUGUCCGUUUCUUCAAGAACCUGGCAGACAGCUGCGCCUCGGACCCAGCCCUCAAUGCUGUCUCGUACUACAACUUCACAGUCUUGAAGGUGCCAAGAGGUAUGACUGAUCUGCAGAAUAUGAAGUUCCAGGUUCCUGUAACACCUGUCUCCCAGGCUGCUUCUCCUCUGCUGGCUGGAAACACUUGUCAGAAUGCUGUUUCCCAGGUCAUCUAUGAGAUAGAGACCAAUGGGACUUUUGGGAUCCAGAAGGUCUCUGCCAGCUUUGGACAAACCAACCUGACUGUUGAGCCAGGCACUUCCUUACAGCAGCAGUUCAUCAUUCGCUUCAGGGCCUUUCAGAGCACAGCCACUUCCCCUCCUGGUCCUCGGAGUGGGAAUCCUGGCUAUGUUGUCGGGAAGCCACUCUUGGCUCUAACUGGUGACAUAAGUCACUCUGUGACCCUCUUGCAGAGCCAGGGUGAUGGAACUUGCUCUGUCAGGAGACACAAAGUACAAUUUGGGGUGAAUGCAAUGUCUGGAUGCAAACUCAGGCUGAAAAAUGUGGAUUGCAGCCACUUGCAACAAGAGAUGUACCAGACUCUUCACGGAAGGCCCAGACCAGAGCAUGUUGCCAUCUUUGGUAAUGCUGACCCCACUCAGAAGGCAGAGUGGACCCGGAUCCUCAUCGGGAACUGCAAUGUUUCGGCUACACACUGCACUUCUUGCUGUGUCGUACCAGUGUCCCUGCAGACCCAGGUAUUAUGGGCAUAUGUAGGCCUCCAGUCCAACCCACAAGCUCAUGUGUCAGGAGCACGAUUCCUGUACCAGUGUCAGUCCAUAAAGGAUUCCCAGGUAACAGAAAUGUCUUUGACAACUACUGUGACCUUUGUGGACAUUACCCAGAAGCCAGAGCCUCCUCGGGGCCAACCCAGAACCGACUGGAAAUUGCCAUUCGACUUCUUCUUUCCUUUCAAAGUCGCCUUCAGCAAAGGAGCAGACUCUCAGAAAGGCUCAGUCUCUCCCGUCCUUAUUCUGUGUCUUUUACUCCUUGGAGUUCUCUUAACUUAG